UCAUAUUGUGCAACUCUUUGCCAAACCCUAAACGGCCUCAGAUUCAGGAUGUUGUGCGACGCUAGACGCUAGACGCUAGACGCUAGACCUGAUGAGUGACUGACUGGAGCUCCUGUCUGGUCUGCAGGUACGUACACCUGCGGGACGUGCCAGUGCGAGCCGGGCUACCUGGGCGCCCGCUGCGAGUGCCAGGAGGGCGACUCGGGCAGCAUGUACCUGAGCGCCUGCCGGGAGGCCGAAGGGAAGCAGAUCUGCAGCGGCCGAGGAGAGUGCAGCUGCAACCAGUGCCUCUGCUACGAGUCCGAGUUCGGGAAGAUCUACGGCAGCUUCUGCGAGUGCGACGACUUCUCCUGCGCACGACACAAAGGAGUCCUCUGCUCAGGUCACGGCGAGUGCCACUGCGGGGAGUGUAAGUGCCACGCCGGCUACGUCGGAGACAACUGCAACUGCUCGACCGAGACGUCGACCUGCGUCUCCGACGACGGCCAGAUGUGCAGCGGCAGAGGGAGCUGCGUCUGCGGCCGCUGUCAGUGCAGCGAGCCUGGAGCUUUUGGAGACACCUGCGAGAAAUGUCCCACCUGCCCCGACGCCUGUGGAACCAAGAGAGAGUGCAUCGAGUGUCGGCUCUUCAACUCGGGACGACUCGCUGACAACCAGACCUGCCAGAGACUCUGCAAGGACGAGAUCAUCACCGUGGAGACGCUCAGAACCGACGAGCCCAACGCUGUUCUUUGUCUCUACAAGACGGACGAUGACUGUGUGAUGAAGUUCACGUACUCUGAACACGCCAGCGGACUGUCGGUCCUCACGGCGCUGAAAGAACCCGAGUGCAGCCGCGGUCCGGACGCCCUCAUGGUUCUGCUGGCGGUGGUGGGCAGCAUCCUGCUGGUGGGAGUGGUUCUGCUCGCCGCCUGGAAGCUCGUCAUCACCAUCCACGACCGCCGAGAGUUCGCCCGCUUCCAGAGCGCCCGGUCACGAGCUCGAUACGAGAUGGCCUCCAACCCUCUGUACAAGCAGGCCGUCACCACGCACUUCGUAGAAACCGACUUCAACAUGUUCGGGAAGUCGUACAACGGAGGCGUCCACUGAUCCGGCGGCUCGGCAGGACCGGUCCGACCCACGGGACCCCGGAGGACGGAUCCUUGGAAUGAACUGUGUCCGACUUGGGGGAUCUGUGGCCUUUUUUUUUUUUUUACCUUCGCAGAGCGGAUCGACGAGAUUCUUCGUGUGGAGAUCCAGCAGCAGCAGCGAGUCGGUCUGCGGCCGAGCAGCUCCACUCGUCCCAGCAGCCUUUGUACAGCAGCAAUUUGUAUAUUUUUCUAAACACUAAAGACGCAUUUGUAGCCUGAACGCUGCAGCCGACGGACUCUGAGCUGCAGCACAUAGUUCACACCUUUACUAAGAAGCACACGUUGCUGGUGUUCCGGUACUAACACUUACUAAGCAAUAGACGUCUCACCUUCGGUUUGCACAGAGAUUAUUCAGAGUCCGGUGACGGUUUUCCAGUGUGGUUCUGUCCUGUUCCUGCAUCCGACCACCAGCACCUCAACCUCUCAGCCAAUUUUUCUUAUUGUCAACAAAAAGAGCAAAAAAACCAACGACGAUUCUUUGGUACCGACCCGUUUAGUUUUGAUAUUCGAUGACCUCCAGGUUUGCUGCAAUAUCUUCUACAAACCAGCACCAAACGUGGGUCGACCUGAGGCAUCUUGUGGUUAAAACGUUGUGAUUUUAAGGCUCGUUCUGGACCCUGAUCAAGAAAUACUGACAAAAUAGAUAAAACAUCAGUGAAACAUGAGAACCAGUGGAUGUAUUGGAGGUUAUUCAGCAGAUCUGGAUUCCCGGGUGCACGUUUAACAUCGGGGGUGAUCUGAUUUCUUAUUUAAUUCUGUUUCAGGAUGCAUAUUAACAUUUCUUGGGAUUAGAAAACUUGCACAGAUGAAUUAGGUGUCAGGAGAGAUUUUUGUUUUCUGUCCACCUUAGAUUUGUGAGAAAAGUUUGUUGUGUUUCCAGGAAGGUUUUUCCUGCUGUCCAGCCUCUAGGGGGCGACGAAACCAUCUUCACUGUUUGUUAUUUGGCAGAAAUCUGAGGAUGUUCCUCUUGUUUCCUGCUUCUGUCUCUGAGAAAACAAUCUAUGUUAAAUGUUUUUGCUCCAGGCCCAGAUUUGGCCCACGGGCCGCUGUUUUGCUGCCUGACACAAUGAUUUAUAAUUUGAUUUAUUAAGCAAAUACAAGAAUUUACUGCUUUUCCCUGUUUUUUUUUUUUAUAUUUUGUGUUUUUCUGACAAACUGAGAAACAUGAAGAUGAAUGAGGAAGUUUUGAUGCAAUCCACGUCUGAUUAACGACGUUUUGGCGACGAAACGAACUCAGAGUUUCAGCGACAGUCUGUGGAAUUGAUUUAAAAUGAACUUUGAUGGCUUCGGCGUGUCGAUCAGAGCUGACACGAGUCCAGCGAUGGUGCAUUUUUAAUAGUUUGAUAACAAAGCAGAUCACAAACCCUCCAUCCCUGCUGCAGUAAAGCAGCCCGGAGCUUGAUGCUGCCGCCGCCGUGCUUCGCUGUGCUUCUCCCUGAUCCGACCGGGUUCCUGUUUUCUCGAUUUGCAAAUAUUAGUUUUUGACUUAAAGGAAAACAUUAGAGAUUUAGUUUCUUUUGUUCUGUUAGAAAAGCGUUAAAUUCAUCCAAAAGGUUUUGAGCUUCAGCUGGUGACAAAUUCUAAUCCGUCGUCUUCAAAGCACAACGAUGGAGAUGUUAACCAGACACUCCUGUGACUGUAAAGGGCUUCCUGAAUGUGACGUCUAGCUGUCAGUCGGACACUUUAACGUCCGUCAGUCGUCGUCUGAGGAAUCGCCUCGGUUCAGAACAAUGUCCGACAUCUCUGCCGAGUCGGACAGCGUCGGACCAGCGACAGCCUCAUGAACUCGGUUUUGUAGAAACGUUUUUGGACACAAAUGUGAUUUUCAAACUCAGUUUUUUAAAAGCAACAUUUUUCGACCGAUGCGGGAAAGUUUUCAGACGAAGACGAGCUUUUAGUUUCGUCAUUCCCAGAUUAGUGGAACUCCUAAAGCCUGUUGGAGCAACAAAUACUAACAAUGGGUAGAAAUUAAUAACAACAACAGCUCAUUUCUGUUUCCUUCAGGCUCUGAAUGGACAGAAAAUACUCCUUAGAACCACUUCAGCGUUGGUUUUGUGUGUUUUUCUUGGAUUUAUUGACAAUAAGAAAAGCGUUGAGCAUCACCAGCUUCCUGUUGGACGCCUUAAAGCUCUGGUGCUGGGUUCUCUGGGCUGGUGUGGACUCUGGGCACAGUAAUGUGUCUGGACUGUGACUGUGUCCACCCUGCCGGCUGUGGGAGUGGGUGGGUGGGCGGGAGCGGCCAUAAAUCUAACGUCAGCGUUCCCGGAGGAGGAGGCCGAGUCGCCGGGCUGACGGGAAAAGUGGCAGAAGCUCAGAGUCGGUGUGACCAGAGUGUAAAUAAUACGACGUGGUGCGUUGGUCCGGCGCCACAGGACUUGUUGUGACUGGGUUUGCUGGAGCCACCUUCACAUCCAGCUCCUCCUGUAAGGUUCUCACACAACUCUCCAUGUUUAUGUAACACUGCAACACAAUAAAUCUGCUUAUGUCAAACAA